AUGAAGCAUUCGAAGGAUCCGUUCGAAGCAGCAAUCGAAGAGGAGCAAGAGGAAUCUCCGCCGGAAUCACCCGCUAGCGGCGGCGGAGGAGGCGGGGGCGAUGGUAGUGUCGAGGGUCGAGCCGAAAUCGAGCAAACUCCGGAAGAGGACGAGAGAGAUGUAGGUGUUCGCCGUCAGCCGAAGAAGCUUAAAUCGUCGGUUGCCGCUGAAGCGAAGAACAAAGAUGAGGAUGAAGAAGAAGAGGAAGAGAAUAUGGAAGUUGAGCUAACCAAAUACCCAACUAGUGCUGAUCCUGCUAAGAUGGCCAAAAUGCAGAUCAUUUUAUCGCAGUUCACUGAGGAUCAAAUGAGCAGAUAUGAAUCUUUCAGGAGAUCUGCACUGCAGAAAGGAAACAUGAAGAGGUUAUUAGUGGGUGUAAUAGGGAGUCAGAAGAUCAGUACGCCAAUAAUAAUCGUUACGUGUGGAAUCACAAAGAUGUUUGUUGGUGAACUCGUCGAAACAGCUCGAGUUGUUAUGGGGGAGAGGAAAGAAACAGGGCCUAUAAGACCUUGCCAUAUCAGAGAGUCGUAUCGAAGACUAAAGCUCGAAGGAAAAGUGCCUAAAAGAUCUGUUCCACGGCUCUUCCACUAA